AUGGGGCUUGAUGGAGAAUGGGUAAUUGGUGGCUCUGCGAGCAAGGGAGAGGGCAAGAUCUACAUGUGGGAAAGGGCUGGACAUCUCGUGAAAAUCCUUGAAGGUCUAAAAGAGGCGUUGAUCGGCUUGGAGGGACCAUUUCGAGCAUCUCCAACUCAUUCCGAUCUGGCUAGUGCUCCCCAUAUGAUUUUGUUAUCUAAAAAUAUUAAUGUUGUAAUUGGAGGUUUCUUUACAGGGAUCGCCAUUAAAGCAACAAUACAAUUCAUAGAUCACCGCAAUUGUGAUAUAAAUCUGCAAAAGGAUCAGAGGAAGGACUACGAGGCCUUAGGAUGGCCCAAGAAAAUACAAGAACUCAGCCCAAAAUCGAGCAGCUCAAAUGAACACUAUCAGCGUAACAUUCAACAAAUAGUUGCAAAGACAGCAAGACAAGAUUUAUUUAGCCGAGACAAAUCAGAUUUGGUGGCGUCGAUCUACACGAAUCUUCUCAAUAAAAAUGUAAUUCCUCUCAAAUCCUAA